UGCAGAGCACAGUAGUACACAGCAGAGUCAGACAGCUGAAGCUUCUGGAUCUCCAGAGGAACUGAUCUUGAGGUGGAAUUCAGUGUGGAUGAAAAUCUCCUCGUCUUCUGUUUUCCCCUGGCCAAACUUAAAGCGGCUCAGUAUGAAUUUGAAUCUCUUCUUCUCAGCUGCAUCUCUUCUUCUUGAGGACACUAAAGAAAGCUCCCCUGUCUCCUCAGAUCCUGAUGAACUUCUACUGCUGAGUUUAGCAGAGAUCCUCUGAUCAUCUGAAGUGUGCCGUGGACUCCUGAUUGGUCGAUGUCUCUACCUUUGUUUGAUUUUCAAACUGAAGACUACCAGGAUCCGCAAUGUCACGGUCGGGUGAAGCUGAGAGACCCAGACGUGAAUCACCGAGACGCCUCUGUGAUUCUGAUGAACGUGACCACGUCUGACUCUGGAACAUACGAGUGUCAGAUUGUACAGAACCAGAUGAGACGCAGGAAGAGCGAAGGAGCUGAACUCAUCAAUGUCAUCCACCUGAAGGUCGACCCAGGUGAGUUCAGAAAACCUUCAACACAGGAAGUCCACCAGUGUACAGACAUGAAGUGAUCUCUGGUAGAUGAACACAGAAUAAUGAACAGGAAGUGACUGUGUUGUAUGGGUGAGUGCCGUCGGCCAUGACAGCCGAGCCGGACGCUCUGGCCGUGGUCAACCAGCUGAGGGACCUGGCCGCCGACCCCAUGAACCGCAGGGCCAUCGUCCAGGACCAGGGCUGCCUGCCGGGCCUCAUCCUGUUCCUGGACCACCCUAACCCUCAGGUGGUGUACUCCGCCCUCCUGGCGAUCCGUUACCUGGCAGAAUGUCGACCCAACCGGGAGAAGCUGAAGGGGGAGCUGGGGAUGAUGCUGAGCCUCCAGAACGUCGUGCAGAAGUCCACCACCCCCGGAGAGACCAAGCUGCUGGCGUCUGAGAUCUACGAGCUCCUGCAGGCGUCCGGCAGCAGCGAGGCCGAGCCGGCCGAGGAGGCGGUCAGCAGCCGGCGUAAAGCUCAGUUCUUCCUGGGCUCGAGCAACAAGAGAGCCAAGACCGUCAUCCUCCACAUCGACGGCCUGGACGACUCGAGUCGGAGGAGUCUGUGUGAGGAGGCUCUGUUGAAGAUCAGAGGAGUGAUCAGCUUCACCUUCCAGAUGACCGUGAAGAGAUGCAUCGUCCGGAUCCGCUCAGACCUGAAGGCUGAGGCGCUGGCGUCAGCGAUCGCAUCCACGCAGGUGAUGAAGGCUCAACAGGUGGUGAAAGGAGAGGACGGAGACGAGAUUUUGAUCCCGUUGGCGGAGGACGGUUCGGUGGACGUGGAGCAGAACGUGGACCUUCCUGAGUACCUGCCGGAGGACGAGAGUCCGUCUCAGGAGCCCGACAAGGCGGUGACCCAGGUGGGAACGGGCCAGGAGGGGACCAAUUGGCUUGGUGCUGCCACCAACUUCCUGUCCCGCUCAUUUUACUGGUGACCCUGCGGCCCCGCCCCCCCUCUCCGUUAAACCUCCCGCCUCCUCUCAGAACCAGAACCAGAACCAGCUGCCAAACCUCAGCGCAGAGCCGUUGACAGAGACAGUGAGUGUAAAAACACGCACGCUGCCGGCGCCGACGGGCCAGACUGGACUGAACUGUGACGACGUCCUCGCUGUAAACGGGUCCAAACCAAAAUGUCUUAACGGACCGGAACCAACACCAACGAGUUAGAGAGACGAGGGCGGGACGCCGCUCUCUUCUUCUGUAGUAUUUAUUUGACUUCCUGUUUGACGUGUUUUUGCAGGACGAGCUGUCAGCCGUGCCUUCAGAGGGCCGCGAGCCAACGUUUGAGACCCCAGGAAUGAUGACAAAUACCCAGCAUGCAUCACUGACAACAUGUUUACUGAAAGCAUACACCUGUGACCACGCCCACCUGUCAAUCAAAGCGUCCACGCUCUCAAUCCUGCAUAACUUUAAGCCUUAAUAUAACCUGGACAAACAUUAUUUCUGCUGUCAAGCUUUAACGUGGGGACUUAUGGACACUCAGGUGUGUGUGUGCGUGCGUGUGUGUGUGUGUGUGUGUGUGUGUGUGUGUGUGUGUGGCUGGUUCAGUGUUUGUCAUCAUUUCUGACUCGACACGUGUCGGCUGCACACUUCCUGUAAACUUUUGCUUUGCUGUGAUGUUGGUGAGAGGACAGAAGACAGGUCUGAGGACAGAGGACAGGUCAGAGACGGACACGUUACUGAAGGACUCUUACUCGUCAGAGGUCAGUGUCUUCAUGUUUGCUGACGGAGCGGCUGCUGCCUUCAUGGAGACGUGUUACUCUUUGUUUUCAUUCCCCUCGUCGUCGUGACGACAGUCUGAACAUUUUGCACAUUGAGUUUGUUGUUUGCAGAGUAGAAAUGUUUGAAUCAUGUGACAGUAUUUAUCAUUUAUCUUCAUCCUCUGAGGUCAAACCACCUUUAACGACGUCGUCCUCACUGAGUCCCAGAGCUCGUAGCUCCGCCCACGCCAUACACUGUCCAAUCACAUUGUGAGAAGCCAGACGUUCUCAUGACACUGGAAUCUAAAAGCAGAUUUAAACACGUGAUGUGACGUGUUGCUGCCACCAACUGUCCGUUCAUGAACGCACCGCGAAGUAACGAGCCGUGAACAAAGUUAACGUAACGACAGCUUUAAACCUAAACUUUACUGAGCACAUGAUCAGGUGACAUCAUCAGUAGUUACAUCAUCACUCUGUCCUCUGUUGGAGGUUGUAAUUAACACGAUGUUGACGAUGUUUCUUACACAUGGGGAGGAAGUGUCCAGCUGUCGUUACAUCGUUAAAGACCGUUACAUCGUUAAAGGCCGUUACAUCGUUAAAGGCAGUUACAUCGUUAAAGGCAGUUACAUCGUUAAAGGCUGUUACAUCGUUAAAGGCCGUUACAUCGUUAAAGGUCGUUACAUCGUUAAAGGCAGUUACAUCGUUAAAGGCUGUUACAUCGUUAAAGGCUGUUACAUCGUUAAAGGCCGUUACAUCGUUAAAGGUCGUUACAUCGUUAAAGGUCGUUACAUCGUUAAAGGUCGUUACAUCGUUAAAAGCUGUUACAUCGUUAAAGGCAGUUACAUCGUUAAAGGCUGUUACAUCGUUAAAAGCUGUUACAUCGUUAAAAGCUGUUACAUCGUUAAAGGCUGUUACAUCGUUAAAGGUUGUUACAUCGUUAAAGGCCGUUACAUCGUUAAAGGUCGUUACUCAGCUUCAUAUUCAUGGUGAACUUUGACCUGCAUGAACUGAAUCCUUCUUUGACUCAGGUUUGAUUCAUUCACACAUUUCUGGUUUUAUUUAUUAUGAAAGCCGUCAGCACGGACCAGCACCAGUGUUCUUCAUCAUGACCUGCUGUACAAACUGUGUGAUGAUUCCUCAAAGUUUGUUCACACAAUAAAAACCGUCAUGAACGUU